ACUCUUGCUAGGCGAACCGUGAUUGGUCAGUUUUCCCUCGAAUUUCAAACAGCUUCACGCAAGGGUGCGAUUGUGAAUCAUUGUUGAUGGAACUGCUUUAGUGAAAAACACACUCGAGACACGCAUAAAAAUAUGAUAUGAAGCCACAGAGGGGAAAAACACCCCGCAAACGGACUGCAAGCAGUCCACGGGAAUAUGAACCUGUUGAGGUUUACUGCCGAAUUCGGCCACUGGAUAAUCCAGAGGAUUCUGUCUGUAUCAAGGCCAUUAGUAUUGACACUGUUGAACUUGUGCCCCCAGAGAGUGCUGCAACUAGAAAUGGACAAAUUAAAGAGUACCAGUUCAAGUUUUGUCAUGUUUUUGAUGAGUAUGCUUCCCAGAAAGCUGUAUUUGAGUACGUAUCACUGCCAUUGGUGGAAGACCUUGUCUUUGGCAGAAAUGGCUUACUCUUUACAUAUGGGAUCACAUCAUCGGGUAAGACUUAUACAAUGACUGGAACACCACAAGACCCUGGUAUUUUGCCUCGGUGCCUUGAUGUUCUCUUCAACAGCAUCCAAGAUUUGCAGGCCAAGAAAUAUGUUUUUCGGCCCGACAAACUGAAUGGAUUUGAGGUGCAGUCAGAAGCAGAUGCUAUGUUGGAGCGACAGAGGCGUGACAUCAUGCCAGGAUUGACCACACCCAGAACACCAUAUGAGAAACCAGAUGUUCCUGAAAAUGAACGUGUCCGUGAUCAAACCCGCAUUGAUGAUGUCGACGAAGACAAUAACUAUGCUGUAUUUGUCUCCUACAUUGAGAUUUACAACAAUUACAUCUAUGAUCUAUUGGAGGAGUUACCAUAUGACCCCAUCACAGGCUAUAAACCUCCACAGUCUAAAAUUCUGCGCACGGACAAUUCAGACAACAUGUAUGUACACAACUGUGUUGAGAUUGAGGUGAAAACUACAGAAGAAGCUUUUGAAGUUUUCUACAAAGGCCAAAAAAGACGGAAGGUAGCUCACACAUCACUGAAUGCAGAAUCAAGUCGUAGCCACAGUGUCUUCAACAUUCGUUUGGUUCAGGCGCCUUUGGACACACGAGGAGAAGAAGUUGUGCAGGAUCCAGAGAAGAUUUAUAUCAGCCAACUUUCUCUUGUGGACUUGGCAGGCAGUGAGCGAACUAACAGAACACGAAAUGCUGGAGACCGCUUGAGGGAAGCAGGCAACAUUAAUCAGUCCCUUAUGACUCUCCGCUCCUGUCUGGAACUGUUGAGAGAAAAUCAGAAAAGUGGCGCCAACAAGAUGGUGCCAUAUCGUGACUCUCGUCUUACUCAUCUCUUCAAGAACUACUUUGAUGGUGACGGAAAAGUUCGCAUGAUUGUCUGUGUCAAUCCAAGAGCAGAUGAGUAUGAGGAGACUAUUCACGUCAUGAAGUUUGCAGAGAUGUCACAGGAGGUUUUAGUGACACGAUCACAGCAAGUUAAUUUUAACACUGGGUUUACACCUGGUCGGCGACGCAUGCACCAACAGUAUGCAGAGAAAAUGGAAAGACAGCCAGAAAUACCACUUACACCGUUGUUGCCACCCCUGUCUUGUAGUCUGGGACCCCCAUUUCCACUUCUUGAACUGGUUCAGCCCACAGAUGACAAAACUCUGGCCAACCUUUCCAUGUGUCUUGAUGAACGUAUGAAACGACGACAGGUGCUUCUUCAGGACUUUCAGCAAAGGGCUGAGCGGUUCAGAUCCCAUUUGGUUGAGUUUGAAAGAAACUAUGAGCGAAUGGGAGGUAAAACAACAGAACUUGAGGCUGCUCUUGCUCAGGAGAAGGCUGCUCGACUGCGCAUUGAGUCUAGGAUGCGGGCAGCAGAGCGCAAAGCAGAAGAAUCCAUACGCAGAGUGAAAGACCUUGAAAAAGAGAAUCAAGCACUGACUCUGAAGGUUCAAGACAAGAACUGGAAAAUCCAAGUGGAAAAGACAGAAAAAGAAAGAUUAAAAUCUGACUUCCAAACACGACUAAACAUGAACAAUAAACAGUGGGAGAAGAACUUGGAAAAGAUCAAGUUACAGGUUGAGGCUGAAGCAGAAGCUCAGCUGGAGGAGAAGGAGCGCAAGUUGGAUAUUCUGCGUGACAUUGUGAACAACGAUGAAACACCAAGAAAGGCCCCACGCCCUGCACCCAAACCACGUACAUACACAACACCUGGAGUCUCUAUCCAGUCGGCUCGGUCUGAGGUGGAUAUGUCAAGCAUUGGAGCAGUUCGAAGCAAAGUCACUAGAAAUGCCACAACUCCUGGUGUUCCAGUCAACCGUAUUCCAGCUGCUAAAUCGAUGUACAAUCUGAACCAGGUGGCAGCUACUUCUGCCUCAGCCAAGAAAGCACCUGUGCCGUAUAAUACUCGUUACCAUCGCCGAUCAAAGUCUUCAUCUAGUGCUGCUGAUAUCUGGCUGGACCAUAAACCUGCUGGCAGUGUUGACACGAACACGGUCCUGCAGCCUAAACUUGGCAAGAAAAGGUCAGUGUCUAAGCUGGAGAUCAGGGACACCAGAGAUGUCUCUAAGUAUUGCCUGACACACCAGGAGCAGGAUUCCAAUGAUGAGCUAGUCACGAAGAUUAUUAAGGGAGAUGUGAUUCCUACUGCUGCUGGUGGGACAGCUGUGGUGUUUAAGGAUGUUGAAAUUCUGAAGCAGACGUCACCUGGGUCUCGCAAGAGACGCAGCUCUGGGCCCCCAUCUGUUCCUGCCCCAGAAGAGUGGACUGAUGUAGAGACACGGUGCAGCAUAGCCAUUGAAGGACAUAGCAAGCGGAACAAGAGGUCUGAUGUUUAAGAGACUAAAAUAUGGAAGUUUGGAACUACAUCUUGGCGGAUUCUGUCAGCACUCAUGUACUUACAGCUGGCCUUUGAUGUUUCAACACCUGAUGAAAUUUUCCAUUUUGCCUUUUGCAAAUUUUCAGCAUUUGGUCCUGGAUCAAACAACAGCAUUGCCUUAAAGAACAGUUAAUUAUAGAGGUCUGAAUUGACUAAAAUCACAAUUUCACUGAGUUCUUGUUCAGUGGAAGGAAUAAGUGUUAGCAGACUGCUUGAUUCUAUAUUCUCUCUGCAGAAUACUUCGGGGCCAAGCUUGGGGUGUGGCAGUAUUCUUUAUAACAAGGAAGGUCACAUAAUAGACGCCUUAUUGUUCACUUCCAUUUCUCUUAAUGGUGAUAUUUUGUAAUUCUUGGGUGGUUAAGUUAUUAAUUUUUUUACAAUUCACAUCAGUUAAAUUUUCUCAAGGUGUAGAACAAAUGUACAGUCUUGCAUACUGUUACUUCCAUUGGCAACGUCAUCAACCAUGUGUUUAACUGUUGAAAUUGUGUUUAGCCUCAAUUGUCCUUUAUCUGUUUUCAUUUACAUUUUUGGUGCAAUUCUCUAUCCAUUCUGUCUUUAUUCUUGCUUUACUGCUAACAUUUGGCAGUCUCCACAACACUUUCUUCAAAAGUCUAGUUAGUCUUUCCUUUCACAGACUUUAUUCGUCUUGCUUCCCUGUAAAAUAUGUUAAUACUUGUUUCACUAUCGGCCAUACCAUGGCAACGUCAAAAUAAAAUGUACCAUUAGUUUGCUUCACAAGAACCCAUUUGUAUAAAUGCGCUUAGGGCUUGUGUAAAUAAUAGAUAUUCUUGGGUUUCAUUUGAGAUCAGCAUUUUUUUAUUUUUUUUUAUUUUAUUUUUUAACCCCUCAUUGUAGUCCUGUUACCGUUGCACUCAUUUUUUGGGAGAUUGCAUGGGGAAGAUUUGAAGAACUUCUAGUAUUGCACUCAGGUUGGAAAAUUUUCCUUGCAGCAUUUGUAGUCAUAAUGUCUGAAUGCAAAGUGUAAAAGACUUCUGCUUUGAGAGAGACUGUACUUUGUGCUGAACAAAA